GCCUAUGAUUGGCUGGCAGAAUGAAAACAAAGGCGGUGAUUGGCUGGUCGAGGCGCGGCAGCUGAUUGGCGGAUUUGGAUGGAUUCAGAGUGGCAGGCCGAGGUGAAGGAAGGAAGAACGGUGCCUCACGAGUCCCAAAAAGGCGAUAUUUAGCAGCACGAUGGAAGACUACCAGCGCAUUGAGAAGCUUGGGGAGGGAACCUACGGGGUGGUGUACAAGGCCAAGAACCGCAAGACUGGCCGCUUCGUUGCCAUGAAAAAGAUUCGGUUGGAGAAUGAGGAGGAGGGUGUGCCGUCCACUGCCAUCAGGGAGAUCUCUCUCUUGAAGGAGUUGCAGCAUCCAAACAUUGUCAUGCUUGAGGAUGUCCUGAUGGAGGAGAGCAAGCUGUUCCUGGUGUUUGAAUUCCUCAACAUGGACCUCAAGAAGUACAUGGACUCGCUGCCAUCUGGGAAAUACAUUGACAAGAAGUUGGUCAAGUCAUAUUGCUACCAGCUGUUCCAGGGCAUCUUGUUCUGCCACCAGCGUCGUGUCCUCCACAGGGACCUGAAACCCCAGAACCUGCUCAUCAACGAACAGGGCGUCAUCAAGAUUGCCGACUUUGGCCUGGCCCGGGCAUUUGGCAUCCCCGUGCGGGUGUACACUCAUGAGGUGGUGACACUGUGGUACCGUGCCCCUGAGGUCCUCCUGGGAUCUGCUCGCUACUCCUGUCCUGUUGACGUGUGGUCCCUUGGGUGCAUCUUUGCUGAGAUGGUGACAAAACGGCCACUCUUCCACGGCGACUCUGAGAUUGAUCAACUUUUCCGGAUAUUCAGAACACUGACCACUCCCACUGAAGAGAACUGGCCUGGAGUAACACAGCUGCAGGACUACAAGACAAACUUCCCCAAGUGGACAGACUACAACUUGGCCAACUCCGUCAAGCAGAUGGACAGUGAUGGCCUUGACUUGCUAUCAAAAACCCUCAUCUAUGACCCAACAAAGAGAAUAUCAGCCAAGGAGGCACUCAAGCACCCUUACUUUGACGACCUGGACCGCUCCUCCCUGCCUGCCAGCAUCUGAGGCCUCCAGUGCUUGUCUGAAGGGGAGGUCACACAGGGGCUUCACUUUUGAGGUCUUCAAGUGUCCUGCCCUGCUUGCAUUCACCCUACAUGUGCUAGACGUGCCGGGGAUUGGCAGUGUGUUCCCUGUGCGUGCGUGGGUGCUCCUUGGUGACUGGUGUAUCUCAAGUUUGUGGAAGGGCUUGAUGAUUUUCUUCUACCUGUCUGUCCGCCUGUUUCUUUCCACGUGUAUAUUUAUUCUGAUGUCUCAUCCUUUGCAAAUUCCAGAUCUCACACUUCUUCCCAUCUCUCAAAUAUGGUGUCGUCUCAUUCUGCAGGGAAUCUUCCUUUCAUACUCACAGCAACUGAAUUCAUUGGUCAUCCUUCUCGUACUCUCUCCACAGCAGUUGGAGAGUUUCUUUGGUUUUAUUGUUUGUGAUGGAUACAAAUGGUGUACUGCAGCCCAUUGAAGUCAGGUACUUUUGUUAAGGAUAAAAUGCAGUUCUGUUGUGUUUGAAUCAUCUACCUGUUUAUUGUACUGUGAUUCUUGUCAUUCUCUUUUUACAUGCAUGAAAUAUACACAUUUGUGUUUCUUAGUCUUUACUGUUUAUGAAGUAAAUUAGAAUAAAGAUAUCCUUUCCAGGUCUAAUGAAUUAUUGUGAAAAUAUGCCUAGUUACAUCCUUGUGUACAUCAGUGUCCAGCUAGGUACUUAAAAUUUGCACUUCAUGACUUUAGCAUUAAGUAUUUAUCAUGACUCAGAGCCUUCCACUGCCUGUCCUUCCUUGCUGUGUGAGGUCUGGUGGCUCACGAACACUAUUGUGCCCUGCUGGGUGUCUUUCUUGGCCUUGAGCUCCCCCUGCACCUUUAGGCUCAUCUGUGUACUUCACUUGUACUACGUGUACACCUCUCAUCCAUACACCACUGUAGACUGACUGUUCACUAGUUUGUCUUUCCUUAAGUUGGUGACCAGCACAUUUGCCAUGUUUUCCAGUGUUUUGCAACCUUUACUGUGCUGACAGAGCUACAGGAUGCUUUUGAGAGGAUGACAUUCUUGUCCGGUGGAAUGUGAUAUGCUGUUAAGUUGCUUAUGUGCUGCACUGACAUUCCAAGAAGUCAAGAUGAAAAAUACUCUCAAAUCCAACAGGAAGCUGCUAUUUUGGUUUCUAUAUUUUUAGUUGUAUUUGUAGGCAAAUAACUUGUUACUGUUGAGGUAACAUAUGUGUCCUCUGCUGUGCUCUGCUGUACCACUGACAGCUGAGGGAGCUGCUCAUCCUGAGGCCUCAGUUGUCUCCCUCUUUUCCAUACAAAUAGUUUUCUGGAAGCUAAUUAUGUGCUACACAUGCUGUGGGUUGUAUUAUGCACUGGGUUUUGCAUAAAUUUUGAACAUGCAAACAUGAUCACAGUAAAUCAUACAGAUAUUUA